GUGUUUGUACCGUCCCCUGGGAAUAGGCACAUAUGUGGGUAUUAGGUUUCCCUUGACAAAGAGCCUCCAUGUCAACACCACUGGGUGUAAAGCUCAGGCUUUGUCAAAUUUGUAGAAGACUGAAAGAAAAAGACAAAUCAGUCUUGUGUCUGCAGGCUAGGAACCAGAGAAGGAGAGCUGGAGCAUUUUAGUGAGCAAAAGCAGUGAGUGGGUUCUCCAAACUAGAAUAGGCCAAAUGUGAUAAGAAAAGAGAGGGGGAGUGCCCAGUCAAGAGACUGGACAUGGGGAUUUGGAGCCCCCUUCCCUUUUGUAGAACCUCUUUGUCCAGAUGUUCUCUGAGUGGAAAGGACUUGAAGGAGGCUAUCUGUCCUGCCCUCAUCCCAGCAGGCAAAGAAGUAUGCGAUGGAGCAGAGUAUCAAGAGUGUGCUGGUGAAGCAAACCAUCGCCCACCAGCAACAGCAGCUCACCAACCUUCAGAUGGCAGCAGUGACAAUGGGCUUUGGAGAUCCUCUCUCACCUUUACAAUCGAUGGCAGCUCAGAGGCAGCGCGCCCUGGCCAUCAUGUGUCGUGUGUAUGUGGGCUCCAUAUACUAUGAACUGGGAGAAGAUACCAUUCGCCAGGCCUUUGCCCCAUUUGGACCUAUAAAAAGCAUUGAUAUGUCCUGGGACUCUGUUACGAUGAAACACAAGGGUUUUGCUUUUGUGGAAUAUGAGGUACCAGAAGCCGCUCAGCUGGCCUUGGAGCAGAUGAAUUCUGUCAUGCUGGGGGGAAGAAAUAUAAAGGUUGGGAGACCUAGUAAUAUAGGUCAGGCGCAACCAAUUAUAGACCAGCUAGCAGAAGAGGCACGGGCUUUCAAUCGCAUCUAUGUGGCAUCUGUUCAUCAGGACCUUUCAGAUGAUGACAUCAAGAGUGUGUUUGAGGCCUUUGGGAAGAUUAAAUCCUGCACACUAGCCAGGGAUCCCACAACAGGAAAACACAAAGGCUAUGGUUUCAUUGAAUAUGAGAAAGCACAGUCUUCUCAAGAUGCUGUUUCCUCCAUGAACCUCUUUGACCUUGGGGGUCAGUACCUCCGAGUUGGUAAAGCUGUGACUCCUCCAAUGCCUCUCCUGACACCUGCUACGCCAGGAGGACUACCUCCAGCAGCAGCUGUCGCUGCAGCAGCUGCUACAGCAAAGAUCACAGCACAGGAAGCAGUGGCAGGAGCUGCGGUUCUUGGCACUUUGGCAACCCCUGGGCUGGUAUCUCCAGCACUGACUCUGGCCCAGCCGUUAGGGGCAUUGCCACAGGCUGUAAUGGCAGCACAAGCACCGGGAGUCAUUACAGGUGUAACCCCUGCCCGGCCUCCUAUUCCUGUCACUAUUCCACAAGUGGGAGUUGUGAAUCCUAUCCUGGCUAGUCCCCCAGCAUUGGGCCUGAUGGAGGUGAAAAAGGAGAAGGAAGAAGAGGAGGUAUUCCAGGAGUCAGAGAGGCCAGAGAUGCUGAGUGAACAGGAACACAUGAGCAUAUCUGGCAGCAGCGCCCGUCAUAUGGUGAUGCAAAAAUUGCUUCGUAAACAGGAGUCCACUGUGAUGGUGCUUCGCAACAUGGUCGAUCCAAAGGACAUUGAUGAUGACCUAGAAGGAGAAGUGACAGAAGAAUGUGGCAAAUUUGGGGCUGUAAACAGGGUCAUCAUCUACCAGGAGAAGCAAGGAGAAGAGGAGGAUGCUGAGAUCAUUGUCAAGAUCUUUGUGGAGUUCUCCAUGGCGUCAGAGACUCACAAAGCCAUUCAGGCUCUGAAUGGGCGCUGGUUUGCAGGAAGAAAGGUGGUAGCAGAGGUGUAUGACCAGGAGAGAUUUGAUAACAGUGACCUGUCAGCAUGAACUCUACUUGAAAGACUUCGCCCCUGCCCCCUCUGCCUGUCUGGUUGUUUUUUUUUAGCCAUGUGUAAAGAACGCUCCAGGGUGGGCACAGAUCUCUGUGAUGUACUUGUAGUUUGGAUAAAAGCGCAAAGAAAGCUAG